AUGAAGCUAAAAAAAUGUUUGGCAUUAACAAAGUUUUUAGUAAAAUCGCCAGAACCGGAAAGUAGUUGUAGUAGCCAAUUAAAUCCAAUUGAUGAUUUGUUUUGCGAUAAAAAUGAAAAUGAAUUAUCUGUCGAAAAUGAAAAGGCUAAUGACAAUACUAGUAGUACCGACGAAAUGGAAACAGAAGAUAAUAAGGAUAUCGAUCUAUACAAUACCGAUACCGCUGAAAUUGAUAAAGCAUAUUUUGCUAUGUGUAUGGAUUUAAAUGAUCCAGCUUGCUGGCCUUUAACAAUUACCACUAAAAUAUUGGAUAUAUUAAUCGAAAAAGGACCCAUACAAAAUAAACAAUCUACAUAUCCAAUUAAUGAAUUGGGAAGAUCAUUUUCAUCAACUUAUUUCUAUAGAAAAAUGCCAAAUGGUGAAAAAUUUAAUCGUGAGUGGUUAAUCUAUUCUCCAAAAACGGAUUCCAUAUUUUGCUUCUGUUGUAAAUUAUUUGGCAAACAAGAAAUAAAAUUAGUUAAUGAAGGCUUCAAUGAUUGGCAACACACAUCUGAUAAUUUAUCUCGUCAUGAAAAAACAUCGCUGCAUAUCGGAAAUUGCACCAAUUGGAAAAAUUUGGAAUUAAAUUUAAAAAACAAAGCUACAAUUGAUAAAAAUUUGCAACGGUAUUAUGACGCAGAGAAAAAACGAUGGUAUCAAAUUGUCGUACGCAUGAUAUCUGUGGUACAAUUUCUGGCAGUACAGGGUUUAGCGUUUAGAGGUAGCUCGAGCAGAUUGUAUGAAAACAAUAAUGGAAAUUUUCUAAAAGCAAUUGAAAUGAUAGGAAAAUUUGAUGAUGUUAUGGCAGAUCACAUAAAUCGCAUUCAACAAUCAGUUGCUUUAAAGAACCAUAUGCCACAUUAUGCGGAAAAUCGCUUCCAAAAUGAAAUAAUUAGUAUCCUUGCAGCGCAAAUUCAAAAAUAUAUUUUGUCAGCAAUAAAAGACGCCAAAUAUUUUUCAGUAAUUUUGGAUUGUACGCCGGACAUGGGACAUGUCGAGCAAAUUACAAUAAUUUUGAGAUAUGUGCAUAUUCAAAAUGACGAAGUAGAAGUGAGAGAAAAUUUCGUUGGUUUUUCUCCAGCUCAAAAAAGUACUGGAGAAGCUUUUUACGACUUUUUAAUUGAAAAAUUAAGCUCUCUUAAAUUAAAUGUUAACGAUAUGAGAGGCCAGGGGUAUGAUAAUGGAUCAAAUAUGGCUGGAAAACAUAUUGGAUUGCAGAAACGAAUUUUGGACAAUUAUCCACGAGCUUUGUUUAUGCCAUGCAACGCGCAUACAUUAAAUUUGGUCGUCAAUGAUGCAGCGAAAGUUUCUUUUUCAACUGUGGAUUUUUUUAGUAAUGUGUCAGCAAUAUACAAUUACUUUUCCGGAUCACCUUUUCGAUGGCAAAUUUUAAAAAAACAUGUAAAAUCGUUAACAGUAAAACAAGUUAGCGUAACCCGGUAG